AUGCUUUCUUCUUUCCUUAAACCAAAAUCAACCAAGUCAAUUUACAUUCGAGUAUUGCAAAAGCCCUACUCCACAAGGAAUAUAUUUGAAGAAAAGGAUGAUGAAGUAUCGACACUAACAAAGAAGCAACAAUUACCAAAUGAUAAGCCUUGGGACGGAGAAGAACCUGUCUAUCAUAGUGUGCUACGCAUGAUCAUGGAUAAAUAUCGUACUCCUCUUCGAGUACAAGGUGCUGCCAGAAGAAAUUUGCCUAAUCCUCAAUCAAACUAUGCGCCUCCUAUACCCAUCAAAGAAAGGAGUGCGCAGCAAAAACAAAUGGAACGACAAGAGAAACAAAGACAACGUAAACAGCAACGAAUUACAAAUGCAAAAGAUGCUGCUUUUGAUUAUGCCAUGGACCGAAAAUACGAUGCAAAAGAAAAAGAAGCGACAAAAGAGCCAUUGAUACCGAGAAAUAUCAAUGAAUGGGUUUUUUUAACAGAUCAAAAGAUUCGUGCUGCUCAGACACAAGGAGUAUUUGAUCAUUUGCCUGGUCGUGGCAAACCCAUACCUCAAGAUCCAUGGAUCCAUAAUCCUUUUGUAGACAGAACAGAAUACUUUUUGAACCGCAUCAUUCAGCGUAACGGGGCUGCUCCUCCUUGGAUAGUGAUGCAACAAGAAGUAAACGCAGAAAUCCAUCGAUUACGUUCACAAUGGCUUUCGGCUAUGAAACGAUGUCAAGAUGAAAUUAGAGAGCAGCAUACCCUACUGACAAAGGCAAGACUUGUCAAAAAGUUUGAAAAAAUAGAGAAAUCUUUUUUCGAAAAAGAAGUAGAGCGUAUUAAUGCAAGGCUAAAAAGCUAUAAUGUAAUAUGUCCCAUGUCUGUCAGAAAACAAUUAUUGGAAUUUGAUAAAGAACUUGCAUGGACUUUGGAAAUGCAAGAAUUAGAAUAG